CAGCGGCAGCGUUAUUACCGGGCCGGCGGAGAGCGCUGCCCAUUGGAGGGUCACCUGCGUCACUGCCGAAGAAAACCGAACCUCCCCGAGCAGCCGAGCGUCAGUUUGGUAUGUAAACAAGGUCAGAGACGCUGCAGCAGACACGCGAAACUCGCUUCCUUAGGGCGAUCCCACUAAAAAGCGAGCAAGAAGAAACUCAAACCGCCAGAAGAAACGUCCGAGUGAGGAUAGCGACGCACAGCAGCCAUGAUGAUGCAGUGUUUUCACUUCAUGGUGGAGCCGGUCAAAAACUUUACGGCCAAGAUAAAGGAAUCAAACAAGAGAGCAAAGAGGGACAAGAGGGAGCCUCUGGAUGAGGAUCAGAUGUUUGUUGUGGAACUGGCAAGAGACCUCAGCCGAGUGUGCCAGAGAUCAGAUGUCCUGGAGCACAUCUGGAACCAGGAUGACAUCUGGACAACUGCUCUCUGCAGGGUUUUCAUUCUGCAAUGGGCGUCUAUGCUGGAGAGCAAGAAGAGGCCCAUGCAGACCGAUGGCUGGCCGGAGAUGGACGAGGGCAAGCAGCCUGAUGUGGUCAAUGUGCUGGACCUGCAGCAGGCCAAAACUCUGAUCUUCAACUGGAUCAAAGAUCUGAGAGCUCAGCCGGAGCAAAGUGUGUGGCCUGGAGAGCCGGUGGCCAAGGCCCUGGAGGACAUGCAGUCCGCCUGGCGUUGGGGACGCGCGCCCAAUUUGCUGACCGCCAUGGAGCUGGUGAUGUGGACUUUAGUGUUGCAGCGGCCUGAUAAGGACACUAUACCGCUGCAGUGGCUGAUGUGGAAGCAAAGGACUCACAACAUUGGUGCCAUAUCCUACAUCCCUCAGCCAGUUUGGGACUGGAUUGUGGAUGCAUCAGUGGAGGUGACCCUGGAUCUGGAUUCGGCUAACCCUGACCUGCUCAUCUCUGCCGACGAGAAGAAGAUGCGCUGUGGGUUUGAGAGGAAAGAUGUUCCCAACUAUCACCAGCGUUUCGAUGGCUGGUGGUGCGCUGUGGGCAUGGAGGGUCUGGGCUCCGGUCGCCACUACUGGGAGGCGGAAGUGGGCGAGCGUGACUGGCGACUCGGGGUGGCCAAGGAGUCGGCCCUGAGGAAGGGUUUCAAGUCCCUGAACACCGACACGGGGUAUCUGACCCUUCGCCUGGAGAGAGGCACCGAGCUGAAGGCGCUGACGGUGCCCUUCACCUCUCUGCCGCCCGGCCUCAUUCCCCGCAAGGUGGGCGUCUACCUCGAUUAUGACAACGGCCAGCUGUCCUUCUACGACGUGGAGAAACACUUGCACAUCUACACCUACAACGAGACCUUCACCGAGAGGCUGUUCCCCUUAUUUGGUACGGUGGAGAUCAUCAAGGAUCUGGUGAUCAGGUCUCCAGCAGCCAAAACCCACUGUCUUUGCUCCACAUCCUGUCUGUGGGGUUAAGUUUUCCCUCGGCAGUUUCCUUUAGGAACCAGUAGAUAUCACAAUAUAUCUAAUAAACCAGAGUCGCUUAGAGAGCUUCUGGUGUAAAAUGCCAUCAUUUUGCUAUCUAAUAGCUCCUCAACAUGACCACUCUGUGUGCUGCUUCUCCCUUAAUGUGAUUGCUGCUACCAUGUAUUUCCUGUAGAGCUAUAAUGCUUCUCCUUGCUUACAUGUAUUUUCAUAUAGGAGAGGGAACCCACGGUUCAGAUUUUAUGUACUGUCCAUAUUAAUCCUGCAACAAGAAUGCACUUCUGUGAAUAAUAAAUAAACCAAAUCCAGUCUUAA